UAUUAUAUUAUUUAGCAUAGCAUUGGCAUUGCACCAAAAAUACAAUACGUAAGUGCGACAUUGUGCGAUCGGCCUGUCCUUUAACCUACCUUACCAAUAUGAUUGUCCCCUUCACCACCACUACCACUGCCAUUGCUUCCAUUACUUAUUCCUCCUCAUCCUACUCCUACCAUUCCUCCCUCUUUCCCUUCCCCUCUCCUCUUUCUUCUCCCUUUUCUUUCUUCCAUAUCUUAAACAUCCUGAACACUUCUCGUAAAACCAACAUCACUAGUACGCACUGCCGCAGACGCUUUGUCACUCUCGUCCACUCUACUCCUCACGCACCAUCCCAAACUGGUCUCCCAAGACAACCUAGAAAGGUACCCAGGCUACCCCAUAUCAGACGGCAUCCUAUCGUAACAAACGAUUCGGCAUCCUUUAAGCCGACCGCACACCAUCUCGAUCUCGACCCAAAUUGCUAGGAUAAGGCUAAAUUGCCUCACCUCGACUCCUCCCCAGCCCCGUCAGCAAACAUUCCAAAUUAUUAUAUCGACAGUUUCAGCUACAUCGACCGACACGAUAUGGGAGAUCAUCGUGCAACCAACGGAGUAAAUGGCGCAUCAGCCAGUCGCCCUCUAACGAAUGGUCACACCAACGGUUACACCAACGGUUACACCAAUGGUAAUACCAAUGGUUAUACCAAUGGAAACGCCACCACCACCACCAAUGGCCACGGUCGCACAAAUGGUUACACGAAUGGCUAUACCAACGGUAGCAGCAAUGGAAACCACAGUAAUGGCCAAACCAAUGGUCGCACCAAUGGCUAUUCCAAUGGAAAUGGUAACGGAACUGCAAACGGUGGCAGUAGCAGCAACAGCAGUAGCGGCGGUGGUGGGCUAUGGAGCCAUCGCAGAGAGUCGGAAUGGUUUAUUGGCAGUAUAGACCAGGGUACCACAUCAUCGCGAUUCUUAAUUUUCAAUCGGGAAAUGGACCCUGUCGCCAGUCAUCAAAUUGAGUUUGAGAACCACUAUCCUGAGUCGGGGUGGCACGAACAUGACGCGCUCGAAUUGCUGAGCUCAGUUGAGUCAUGUAUCGAGAGGGCAAUGGAGCAAUUUACCUUUAAGGGAUACAAGAAAUCCCAAGUAAAAGGUGUAGGUAUUACUAACCAGCGAGAAACGAUCGUUUGCUGGGACACAAACACCGGAGAGCCGCUAUGCAACGCCGUCGUUUGGCCCGACACCCGUACCAAAGAAAUUGUGCGGGAAUUAAAAAAUUGCCCGGGGGCACAUCAAAUCCCCGAGAUUUGCGGUCUACCCCUAAGUACCUAUCACUCCAGCGUGAAGCUUGUGUGGCUGCUGCAGAACAAUCUCGCAGUGCGCCAUGCAUACGAAGAAGGCCGCCUCGCAUUCGGAACCGUAGAUAGUUGGCUGAUUUACCGCCUCAAUGGUAAGGAUAAUAAUGUCCACGUUACCGAUACCACAAACGCCAGUAGGACCAUGUUCAUGAACUUGCAUACCCUGCAAUACGACGAAAGGCUGCUCGCCUUUUUCGGUAUUGACCGGACCAAGGUCGCACUACCCAAGAUUGUGCCCUCAUCGGACCCCGAAGCUUUUGGAAGCAUCGCCAACGGCGCCUUGGCCGGAGUAAAAAUUGCCGGAUGUCUUGGUGACCAGUCCAGUGCUUUGGUCGGCCAAUGCGGAUUCAAUCCCGGACAAGCCAAGAACACGUACGGUACCGGAUGUUUCCUCCUGUACAACGUAGGCAACAGACCUGUGCUCUCCAAGUAUGGCCUAUUGGCCACGGUCGCGUUUGACUUCGGCAAGGGCCGGAAACCUGUCUACGCCCUAGAAGGCAGUAUAGCGGUCGGCGGUUCCGGUGUGAAGUUUUUAAUGAACAAUCUAGGAUUCAUCAGAGACUCAACUAAGGUCGGUGAAUUAGCGGAGAGUGUUAAAGACAACGGUGGUGUGGUAUUUGUCACUGCCUUCAGCGGUCUUUUUGCGCCUUACUGGAUUGAUGACGCAAAAGGCACCAUUUUUGGUAUAACCCAGCACACGCAACGAGGCCAUAUCGCUCGUGCGACACUGGAAGCCACUUGCUUUCAGACGCGCGCAAUUCUAGAGGCCAUGGAGAAAGACUCGGGUCACAAACUUGAGUCCCUUGCGGUUGACGGUGGUAUGUCAAACUCGGAUUUGACAAUGCAAACCCAGGCCGACGUCAGCAAUAUCCGAGUGGAGCGACCCGCUAUGCGUGAAACAACAGCCCUAGGCGCCGCCAUCGCGGCCGGCCUAGCUAUCGAAGGCUGUUGGAGUGAUCUUGACGAACUUCAGCGGAUCACACGUAAGAAGUCUGGCCGCAGAGUCUUUGAUCCUCAUGUUGACCGCAAGAGGGCCGCUCACAUGUACCGCAAUUGGGAGAGAGCAGUGGACAUGAGCCGCGGAUGGGUCCGCGACGACGAGGAUCACGAGGAUCAAUCUUCCAGACCGGACAUUUUGAGGAAGCCAACUUUGUAA